UACAUUUGGUCAAGUAGCCGAAGGUCAUCUGUGACACUGAAAUCUUGUGACAUACUUUGCAACAAGUCUUCGCACUGACCGCAGUGCUUAAUAUUUUAACUUCCGUCUUUUCUCCUAAAUAAUAUUGAAAACGCUGUUACAAGUACAUAACCGUCGUGUGUGGGAACCAGUAUCACUCUUGCCUAUUGAAAUUCACUGUCCGUCUAUCUUCUGUAUUUGCCGCAGAUUUGGUAUUUUUGAAAUUUUUGAUUCGAGGACUUAAACCAGUCUAAUUUUACUUAAAAUACCGACAAUGGUAAACUUACGUUUGCUAAGAAUACCGUUGAGCACUAUACUGCUGGUACUUGUUCUGCGAUCGAAUGGACAAUUUUUUGACAAAUCGAUAAAUUCUAUUCACAAUGCUCGGAUACCGAUUGCGCAAAAUUUUGGAGCUAAGCGACCAAAUAUUUUAAUAUUUAUGGCCGAUGAUUUGGGUCAUGCCGAUUUGAGCUACACAGAGGGCAGUAUACAGACGCCCACACCAAACAUCGACAAAUUGGCUUGGGAUGGCAUAAUUCUAAACCGUCAUUAUUCUAAUUCACUGGGCAGUCCAUCCAGAUCGUCUUUCUUCACUGCUAAACAUGCUAUCACAACAGGAAUGCAGUCGGCUUCUAUUGAAUCCGGUGAACCGUGGGGUUUGCCCUUUAAUUUAAAGAUACAGCCACAAUACUUCAAAGAAAUGGGAUACUCUACACAUGCUAUAGGAAAGUGGAAUCUGGGAUCUUCACAGAGAGCAUUUUAUCCAAAUAACAGGGGCUUUGACACUUGGUAUGGAUUCUCGGCAUCCAGCAUGAACUGGUUCAACUACACGGAAGGAUGGGUUUCACCUUACCCGACAUCCGGUCGACUGCUGCGGGAUCAAGGCAUCGCCGUGCCGAGCAAUGUCACCAAUAACGCUUAUGCGCCAGAUCUCUUUACCAUCAGAGCAGAACAGAUAAUUCGGGAUUCCGAUGUCAAUGUACCGUUUUAUAUGUUUUUCUCCACGCCGAUUCCGCACACGGCCUUUGCGGAAUACCGCGCUAUACAGCAGACAAUGCCGCAAUUUGACCUGCGAUCACCUGUUGCUAAGUUCUCCGACCAGUUCCCCGAGCGAAAGAAGCAACUCGGAGUUAUCCAAGCGUUGGAUGAAUCGUUCAAGCGCUUAUAUGAUGCACUCGUUAACAAGGAUGUACUGAACAACACCAUAAUAGUCUUCUUAACGGACAACGGCGCUCCGGUACCGCCGGCAGCCACGUUUUUACGCGGUAGCAAUCACGGAAGCAAUUGGCCACUCCGCCAUGGAAAAGGGACUCUCUUCGAAGGAGGAGUGCGAACACCGGCAUUCAUCUGGACUCCCAUGAUACCUAAACGCGGACGGAUUUCUAACCAGUUGGUUCACAUUACUGACUGGCUGCCCACGCUGUACGAAGCGGCCGGAGGCAACUUGGGUGACCUUAACAGCAUGGAUGGCGUCAGUCAGUGGCAGACUCUCCUGCGAGGACUAGAAGAUGGACCCCGAACGGAAGUUUUAUUGAAUAUUAACCCGAUGAAUGGUCAAGCUGGACUGGUGUACAGGGAUGUUGAUGGAAGUUUAUAUAAAUACGUUGCCGGAAGUGUAUUUGAUAACACCUUUACAGGAUGGAGCCGCACUGAAGGAACAACCAUGGAUAACCCAAUGACUAUGUUCAGCGCUGCCGCCAUAAAAUGCAAUUUUCAGCCGGGAACAGAAGUCAGUCCUUGCCGAAGCUGGGAAAAGGCCUGCCUGUUCGACCUGCUGAAUGACCCUUGUGAAACCAACAAUAUCGCGGACAGCAAUCCGUCUAUGCUAAACUUAUUAUCGCAAAAAAUACAGGCAUACAACAGCACAUCCGCUGUGCCGCUUGUAAGGGCUUUCGAUCUCCGAUCUGACCCGGCCAACUGGGAUGGGGUAUGGGCGCCAUGGCUGGACGACGGUCAAAUAUUAGACUCGCUCCAAGCGUUCAAAUCGCUUAACUGAUCCACAGAAAAGUUAAAUUUUUCCACAUUCUUCAGAAGCAGAUGUUGUUUUGUUAUUCAUUUGUAAAUUCUAUUUACAUUUUUGGCAGAGUACAGUGUACUUUUCCUUUCCCUAUGCUGUUACGCUUUGAUUUAGUUACACUAGUGUGUAAGUUUUUUUUGUUAUUUACGCUCACUGUGAUGUAAAUAUAAAAUAAAUUUUGUUGGAAA